AUGGCCCGGGGCGCUCACCGUCUACACCGCGCCCGCCACCGCGCCCACCGAGAAGCUUCUGUCUGCCUCCGCCGGUUUCUGCAUCGAUAUUGCCCCAGUAAUACUGCUGACUUCAUGCCCACCAAGUGUUCGAUGUAUUGCCGCAGUGGCUUCACUUCCAUGCUGACCACAGCACUGAGCAGUUCUACUCCAACCUGGGUGUCCACCGAGGUCUUCAACAGCUUUGACAAGCGACCGUGGCCACCACCAUCUCAAGCUCAAGUGUUCAGUAAGCAAGGUAUGCACAGACUAGUUGUUGGUAAUCUUCUUGACACUGAGUCGGAUGUCAUAUGGUCAAAGCCCCCGUGGCCACCGCUACACGUGCUAGUUGAGUUUGAGUGUGGCAGUGAUGAUAUACGUCCAUUUUCGUGGCCAUCUUUCACCACAGUCGUUCCUGAGCUUGCUAUUUGGAAGUGUUACACUUUACCCAGGAAGCCUCCAUGGCCACCCCCAGCUCAUCAAUAUUUCAGACCUAUGCAUGCCAAAACUGUGGAAAGUGGGACACACAAGACGGUGAUAACAGAGUGGAGUCUCCAUGUGCUCAUUCAGGAAGAAGUGCAGCGAGAGUGUAGUGGGAAUUGUGGGCAGUGUGUGCAAAGUAUAGGUUUCCUGAAGCAAUUUGGUGGUGCUCAUGUUCUGGGAAUGACAACAGUUAAUAGCAGUCGAAGUUUCUUCAACUUCUUUGAUGGAGUGUCAACUACUAGAGUGUUGUCAUUAUUUCAGCUCCAGACAUUAUUAGCUGAUAUAUUUGGAUGCAUUACUUGUGCAGCUGAAAGUAUUAUCCAUGAUCCAUUGUUGUUGGUGCCACUAGAAGCUUGCAGUCUGACAAAUUGUUUCAGUUUGUGA